AAGAACGUAAAGCGUGCUGACUGUCGUGAAAGCACAUCGACUGAGAAAGAAUUGAGCAAGACGCUAAUAAGUCAGUCUUAUUAUUUGUUCUCAUGUUUGAAUUAUUUACGUCGUAUAAAAUACAUCUUUGAUUCUUUAUUUUAAGGAUAAAGUCGUCUCGAUGCGCUAGAAGCACUGUGCCGCGUCUUGUGCUAUAUUUGCUUGUUAGUUAGCUUAGCUUGUUAGCUGCUAACAGAAGACACCGAAGUUAUCAACACAUCGCUAAGUAGAGAUCAAGUUGUUCGAAAGAAAGAUAGGAGAAUACGAGGCGGAACUUUCUAGAACAAAGGCGGAGAGCAAUCAACUAAUGGACGCUAUUUUCACGAAACAUCAAGUUGUGUUACACAGAACAGACGUCGAUGAAGAACAUCUUCCUCAUGAGCAGGAGGAGGAACCACAGUCCCCCCACAUACAUGUGGAAGAAGAGGUACCACAUUCCCAACAAAUUAAAGAGGGAGACGAGACACCACAGACCCCUAGUGUUAAACUGACCCUUCACAUUAAAGGGCAAGCGGAGGACCCACUCAUCUUACACAUCAAAAAUGAAGAGGAGGACCCACUGACCCCUCACUUUAAAGAGCAAGAAAACCCGCUGACCCCUCACAUUAAAAAGGAAAAGGAGGACCCCUUGACCCCCUACUUUAAAGAGGAAGAGGAGGACCAAGAGCCACCGCACAUUAAAGAGGAAGAGGAGGAACACGGCAUCAGUCAGCCUAAAUGGUUGGAGGAGUUCCCAGUGACUGGUGUCCCUGUGAAGGGUGAAGAUGAUGAGGUCGAAGGUGAAAGUGAGGAGAAGAGAGAGGCGGAGCCUCCAAGCAGCAGCUCAACACAACACAUGACAACAGAAGCUGAUGGAGACCACUGUGGAGGAUCACAAGCAGACAAGCUCUUAGCUCCACUAUCAGAUAGUGAGGACACAACGUCACACUCUCCUGACACUGAUGAUGAAGACUCUAAAGAUGAUAAGACAUGUCACACUGACAACACUCACUUGAAAUGUUCUCACUGUGAAAAAACCUUUAAAUACCAUAGUCGUCUGAAAGUACACAUGAGAACACACACUGGUGAAAAACAUUUUUCUUGUUCAAUAUGUGGUAAAGGUUUUGGACAUAGUCACCAUUUAAAAUUACACAUGAGAACACACACUGGUGAAAAACCUUUUUCCUGUUCAACCUGUGGUAAAGGUUUUGCACAAAGUCAGGGUUUGAAAGAACACGUGACAAUACACAGUGGAGAAAAAACUUUUUCCUGUUCAAUUUGUGGUAAAGAUUUUGCACAUCGACAGUCUGUAAAAGUACACAUGAGAACACACACUGGUGUAAAACGUUUUUCCUGUUCAACCUGUGGUAAAGGUUUUAUACAAAGGCAAUAUUUGAAAGUACACAUGAGAACGCACACUGGCGAAAAACCUUUUUCCUGCUCAACCUGUGGUAAAGGUUUCACACAUAGUUGGUGUUUAAAAGUACACGCGAGAACACACUCUAGUGAAAAACCUUUUUCCUGUUCAACUUGUGGUAAAGGUUUUACCGAAAGUCAACAUUUGAAAAGACACACUAAAACGCACACUGGUGAAAAAUCACAUUCCUGUUCAAUCUGCAACAGAAGCCUUUGUGACCGAUCAAACCUUGUAGCACACAUGAGAACACACACAGGAGAGAAAGUGUUGAGUUGCAGUGUGUGUGGUGAAAGAUUCUCUUAUAAGUACCAGUGUAAGAAACACAAGUGUGCUGGUGAGAACGGCAGCAGCAAAUGAAACUGCAGGAUUUGAAAUAAUCUGUCAAGACUUUAAUUUUGACUCGGCACAUAACAUGUGUGACAUUGUUGUUUGUGUAACAAUCUUUUUAGUAUACUUCUACGUUUAUAGGUUAGAUAGUUUGAAAUAUUGAAGUAUUGCAUAUUUGUAUUUCUAAUUGUUAGUGAUCCCAUAGAUUAGCACCUUUUAUAUGAUAUACUGUACAUAUUUACUGGUUCACAUCUGAAACAUCUUCUGGACCACUUUAGGAAGCAUAUUAUUAUUUACUUUAUACAUCAUUGGAACAGUUGUCUUGUUAUUAACUUUUAAAAUGUGUAACUGUAUUAAUCAUUUGUUGGGUCUCUAUAAUCCAUUUUAUUAAUGACCUUUAUUACUCUCUUUUGUAAUAUGAUGAUUGUGUUGUGAUUGUUUUAUAUGUAUGUACCCAGACCUUUAUGCAAUAAAAAAAAGAGAGAGCAACUGGCUGAAUUGUUUGUGGAAGGAUGUUUUGUUUUUUUAAAUUUGUGAAAAAAACAAAAAAUCCCAUUAUUGGGUUUUAAACAUUUUGAAUGUAUGUUUUCUUUUUAAACAUCCCAAAACAAUAUCAAUAUCAAUCAAAGUUCCGAGUGUCAGGCAAAAGCCAAUAUUGUACAUCAUCCCACAGAGAUUUACUUUGCAUACAUUCAUAAAAUAAACAGUUUAUUUUGUUUCCCUAUCACAGAACGAACAAGUC